AGCUCGCCUUUGUCUUCUUCGGCGUCUUCGGCGUGGUCUCUUCUUCGACGUGGAAGGGUGUAUUGGAGAUCUGGGCUUCAGCAGCAAGGGUACAACACAGCAGCCGCUGCAUCCCUUGAUCCAUUCCACUUCAGUCGCCAUCGUGUUCGUCUCCCUCCCGCAGCUGUGUUUUAAUGGCGGACAAGAAGGAGAGCGGCUUGGCGUCGGCAUCAGGCAAAGGCGGCGGGGCAGGAGUGCCGUCCAAGACGCAGACGUCGCUCGAGGGGCUUGUGACCGACAAGCAGGUGGUGGUGCAUCCCCUGGUGCUGCUCAGCGUGGUGGACCAUUACAACAGGGUCGCCACAGGUGCGAUUUGACGAACGUGACAGAUGUCGCGCAGGGAAGGGCAAACAUCGCCAAUGGGGAUCUCCGUCUUGUCUGUCUGUCUGUCUGUCUGUCUGGUGUUGUCCCCCUUGUUUGUUCGUUCCUUCAAGGCACCAACAAGCGUGUGGUGGGUACGUUGCUGGGUGAGCUGCACUCUGACGGCAAGAUCCACGUGACCAACAGCUAUGCGGUGCCGUUUGAGGAGGACCCGCGGGACCCCUCGGUGUGGUUCGUCGACCACAACUACCAUGAGAACAUGUUCCUCAUGUUCAAGAAGGCAAGGCAUCACUCUCACACACACACACACACACACACACAAAACACACUGUUGUCGUAUCUAUCGCUGUGUGUGUGUGUGUUUAGGUGAAUGCGAAGGAGCGUGUGGUGGGUUGGUACAGCACCGGGCCGAAGAUCCGCCCGGCCGACCUCGAGAUACACGAGAUCUACAGGCGGUACAUCUCGCAGCCCGUCUACGUCAUCGUAGACCCUAAAUACAAGGUAGGUUGGUGGGCAAGGCAGACCAGCCGAACCAGCGAGGAGACCAAACCCUCUUUCUGCGCUCUGUGUCUGUGUGCCUGUGUGUCCGUGUGUGUGUGAUUGUGUUCAGGAGGAGCAGCUGCCGACAGACGCGUACAUGUCGUUUGAGGAGGCCUCUGCGGACAAAGUCUUCAGGAGGAAGUUCGUGCACAUCCCGUCGACCAUCGGUCAGUCACCCUGGACAGACAGGCAGGACACGCUCCACUCCGACGCACUUAGUCAAUCCAAUCAGCAGGUCUCAGCUCAGUCUGUCGGUCUGUCGGCUUGUCCGUUCAUAAUUAUGCUCAGACGCGUACGAGGCUGAAGAGGUGGGGGUGGAGCACCUGCUGCGCGACAUCAAGAACGCAUCCACCUCAACGCUGGCCACACGGGUUUGUGUAUGUGUAUGUGUGUGGACACACACACCCACAGGCACACACACGCGCGGCGCGGCGCGGCCGUCUCCGUCGUGUGUGUCUGCCUGCCUGCAGGUUGCCGACAAGUUGUCUUCGCUGAAGGUGAUGAUCUCCAAGCUCAACGACAUCAGCGACUACAUUCAGGACGUCAUCGACGGUAUGACACCCACCCCGCCCACUCUCAGUCUCAGUCUCUCUCUCAUUCUCUGUGUGUGUGUGUGUGUGUUUGUAGACAAGUUGCCGGCUAAUCCGAAGCUCUUAUACAAUUUCCAGGACAUUUUCAACCUGCUGCCUGACCUCGACAACGAGCAGCUUGUGCAGGCCUUCAGCAUCGAGACCAACGACAUGAUGCUCUCGCUAUACCUAGGUCAGUCAGUCAGUCAGUCAGCCAGUGGGCAGCCAACUGAACUGCGGCAGGCCAGGCCAGCCAAGACAACUGUGCAUGCCUUACCUUUCCUUGUGUGUGCACACCACACCACACCACACCACUCCUGAUAUCUGCAGGCUCGGUGAUCCGGGCGUCGAUGGCUCUGCACAACCUGAUCAACAACAAGGUCGAGAACAAGAGAAAGGCCGAACAGGCUGAACUGGUAGGGGGGCAAACCACACCACACACACACACAAACCCCUCUCUCUCACACCGCCACACUCACUGCAAUCAAUCCAUGGUUUUGUGUUGUUCACCCAGGAGAAGGAGAAGAAGAAGAGGGACGCCGAGAAGAAGGAGGCCAAGGACAAGGAGGGCGCCGAGGGGGAGGCCUCUGGGGCGGGGGGCGGCGAGGAGGACAAGACCAAGAUGGAGACGGACGAGGGGGGAGCCGACAACAAAGAGGGCGGGAAGGGCAACAAGGGCGCGGGAGGGGGAGGGGCAGACAAGAAGGGAUAGAUGGAUGGAUGGAUGGGGUGUUUUACAUUCGUCCACUAAGGUAUUGCCAUGUUUGUUUGGAUCGAUACGACCGCCAGACAGUGGCUGCUGUGCGUGCCUUACUGGUGCUGUGUGGAGACUCAGUGAUUGAAUCACUCAUUGAAUGCCGAUUCUUCGCAGUGAGUGUGUACGCCAUUUUGUAAAGCCGUG